UCGCAGCAACAAAUCUCUUGUUUGAUUCACCUUUUUUACCUUAUCUUUUUCAAAAGUAAAGCAAAAAUAUGGCACCUAAAGCAGAGAAGAAACCGGCGGAGAAGAAGCCCGCCGAGGAGAAGAAGUCGGUAGCAGAGAAGGCUCCGGCAGAGAAGAAGCCGAAGGCUGGCAAGAAGCUGCCGAAGGAGGGCGGCGCCGCCGCUGGCGAUAAGAAGAAGAAGCGGACGAAGAAGAGCACGGAGACUUACAAGAUCUACAUCUUUAAGGUCUUGAAGCAGGUCCAUCCAGACAUCGGGAUAUCGAGCAAGGCCAUGGGGAUCAUGAACAGCUUCAUCAAUGAUAUCUUCGAGAAGCUUGCUCAGGAGGCGUCUAGGCUUGCCAGGUACAACAAGAAGCCGACGAUUACGUCUCGGGAGAUCCAGACUGCCGUGAGACUUGUGCUUCCUGGAGAGCUCGCGAAGCAUGCCGUGUCUGAGGGGACCAAGGCCGUGACGAAGUUCACCUCAUCUUGAUCUGCUGUCGAUUAGAAUCUGGCUUUGUGUAUUUAGGGUUAGGGUUUCAGUAGACUAUCAAUUUGUGGCUUUUAUGUGGUUAUUUCUGAGAAAAUCAAACUUUGGUUGUAUGUGAAGAAUAUCUGUCUGAUCUAAAUGUAAACCUUGCUAGCAAUCCAUGGAAUUGAAUAGUAUUACGACUACACAUUUUCUA